AAUUUGAAGUGCGAAUUGUGUACAACAAACCAAAAUAAGUGCACCAGCAACAAAAAUUGAAGAAAAUGGUGAUGGUACAGAUUGUACAACAAGCAAAUGUUAGAGAAAUAUGAUGCAAAUGCUGAGAAAGUGAUAUUGAUGAGAGAAUCUAAUGGUCAGAAGGAAGAGCAAGCGCCUACGAUAAAGGGGGCUAUGUAAAUCCGAAGACAAAACAAAGUUGAAGAAACGCGAGGGAAGCCAGAAGAGAGGAAAAGCUAUUAAAUAAAUAAUCUACGUUACUGCCUGUGCGAGGACCAGCACCGGCGCCGCCUAAACCCAUAGGCCACGGACGACCACAAGAGAAAAAAAAAAGUGUGGGAGGCAUGGCAAUUCCUCCUACACCUACGUUGGAAAAGUAAUGAACAUAAACGACGACGUUGGACUGGACAAAGCUGCUCCUGUCGAGCAAAGGGAUGCACCGAGUCUAAAAGAAGCUCUAGAGGUGUGCCCCAACGAUGGACCACGCCCCCUCACAAUAGCUGAGUACAGGGCACGCCAGCAGAAGAAGGACAAACCAAAGAAGAAGAGGAGCGGCAGGAGAAGUAAACUCUUGCGCCAACGGAGGUUGGCUAAGGACCUAAUAAAGACGGCAGCGACAUCUGAAGAAACACAAAUACACAAGGCCGAAUUAACAAAAAUUGAGGACAAACUUCGUACUGGUGCGAAGUAACGUAACCAGGCUGCAUUAAUUGCCAAUGCCUAAGUUACCUUAAUAUUAAAAUCUUACACUCAAGCCGAUGCGUGAAAACGCUGCUUGAAAACUACUAACCCCUUGUUAGGCUUUGUACUAAAAUCAUAUGGCAGAUAUUUUAAUUAUAUAGAGCGACAAAUUGUAAAUCUGCCAUGUGAAAAAUUACUAUCCAAAACAUUUCCUUUUCUUUCCAAAUUUCUCUUUAUG